CAGGACAUCAGAGAUUUUUUCACACACUUGACCUGGACUAAGGAAGAGCAAGAUGCUGUAUCGCUGGAACAUGGACAUGAGGAGUAUCGUGGGGGUGUUGGUGUGUUUGUUUUUCGGCCAGUGUGCUUUACUGCCUGGCUCCCGUGCAACAGAGUUUGGGUUACUACCCAAUGACACGCAGGGACAAACGGGAUUUUCGGAGCCUGAUUUAUCCUAUUGUCAGAUGAUUCUGGAAGCUCCAGUUCCACCCACAGCAGACCAGGUUCCCUGGUUCUGCAUCUGCUCCGCUUGCUCUGGAAACAGAGGCCAGAAAGGAGACAGAGGCGACCGCGGACUGUCAGGAGUUCCUGGUAGUCCAGGUCCAAGAGGUCUCAGUGGGCUUCCCGGCCGUCCAGGAUUCACAGGACGUCCUGGCAUAAAGGGUGAGAAAGGUGACGCAGGAGAUAAGGGUGACCUUGGUUACCCUGGAGUUUCAGGGCCAAAGGGAGGCAGGGGAUUCAAAGGUGAGAAGGGUGAACCUGGUCUGGAAGGUCCUACGGGAGAACAGGGUCCAAAGGGAGAUGAUGGUCAGUGCCCAGAAACUUGUGAGCCCAUACCUGGGCAGGCAGGUGAACCGGGUCUUCCUGGCCCUGCAGGUGCACGGGGGUUACCUGGGUUGAAUGGAGACCUUGGUCCCAAAGGGAUGAAGGGUGAUCCGGGUGUGGUGGGGGAGCGUGGCCUUCCAGGUGUACCAGGGGGGAAGGGUGACCAAGGUCCACAGGGCCUGUGCAAUUGUAAGGAUGGGGCUCAAGGAGCCCAGGGUCAAACAGGUGAAAAGGGUGAGAAGGGAAACUUGGGUCCGACAGGGGAGCAGGGUACAACUGGAGCCACAGGACCUAAGGGUGAUCAGGGAGAUAUGGGAAUGACUGGUAUGCCCGGACCUUGCUCACCCACUGUGCAAUCUACUUUCUCCGCCGCUUUACUCACCUCCUUACCUCAACCAAGCCGCCCAGUGCCUUUCAAACGUGUCAUCUACAACUUAAACCAGAACUACAACCCUGAUAAUGGCGUCUACACUGCCCCAGUUAACGGAACCUACGUGUUUAGCUACCAUCUGCAAGUGGCCACCCGUGCGCUAAAGGUCGGACUCUUCCACAACUUUGAGGCCGUGGUGAGGACAACUACGCCAGUGGAAAUGAACACCGCCUCUCAGCAGGUGGUGCUGAGUCUGAGCCAGGGUGACUGGGUGUGGGUACAGGUGAAAGAUGUCACCACUAAUGGCAUGUACACCGGCUCCGAGGCCAGCAGCACAUUCAGCGGGUUUUUGUUGUACCCAGACAGAUGUGAUGACAUGUUUGGAAGAGAUAUCAAUGGAGGCACUUUAAACACUGAAAAAAUUCCACCGACAGAUGCCGAUAAGUAUCCCUGGGGAACUUCAGAGACCCCCAUAUAUACCUUACCCACUUCCCCUACACCUUAAACCCUUAAGCCCCAAGUAUACUUCGUUUUAAGCGUACGCUAGCGUAUGCGUACAGUCGAACGUGUAGCCUUUCAAAGUAUACACUAUUUGAUGUUGUUCGCGAACGCGGACAGUCAAGCUUCAUCCAUGUCUAGGGUCUGCUCUAUUUUUCCCCAUAAAGUAUGGCCGAUAACAAAUUUUUAACAAAACUAUUUUAAACAAAAGGUGAGCUAUCACAUACCCUCUCGCUCACAAACGCUUGUCAAUGCAGCCAUCUGUUGUUGUUCGUCUUUUUAGUUUCGUUUUCUACCGUGAAACAACGGCCCGGGACAGUUUUGCCACCUUGUGGAACAUCUGAUUACUACAAAAAUAAUUCAAUGCUCAUGUGCGACCUUACAAAUAUCGUGUGGUGCGCGUACUAUUCUGGUGACGAAAUUCACGUCACGCACACUGUACGCUGUCCCUCGCGUACGCGUAAAAAGUGAAGUAUACUUUGAGCUUUAACCAACCCCUACGUUCUAAACCACUACCUACAGCCCAGACAAGGGGCAGCCAAUCACGCUGCUGGAGGGCUACCAUCACGCAGAUUUUAGCUCCAACCCUAAUCAAACACAACAGCUAAUCAAGGUGCUCAGGAUUACGUGAAAGUAACAGAAAGGUGUGUUGAAGCAGGGUUGGAACUGAAGACUGCAGGAAGGUAGCUCUCCAAGAGCAGGGUUGGAGACCCCUGGCCUUAGACCCUAAACUCGUAGUCUACACCCUGAAUUCUACAAUUGUAAGCCAAACUCUUAACCUACACCCAAUCUUCUAAACCUAAACUUCACCUAUUCCCUAGACCUACACCCAGAAUUAUGUACCUUUAACCAAACUUUUAACUACACCCUAGACCUACAUCUAACAUUCUAUACCUAAACUUUAUCUACUCCCUAGACCUGUACCCUAAUCUGUUAACCUACACCCAACAUUCUAAAGCUAAACUUUAAAUGACUGCCUGGACCUGCACCCUAAACUGUUACGCCCUACAUCCAACAUUCUGAACCUUCACCCAAACUUUUAACUGCACCCUAAACCUACAACCAACAGUCUAAACCUAAUCUUUUAUCAACUCCCUGGAUUUGCACCCUAAUUGUAACCUACACCCAACAUUCUAAACUUUUACCCAAACUUUUAACUACACCCUACAUUCUAGACCCGCACCCUAAACUCUUAACCAAACCUCUAAAAUGAUCCACUUCUCAACCUCAACCUGCACCCCUAGUGUUUCUAUAAUAUUCCAAAUGUAGAUUCUAUUUUAAGUCCACUUUAUGUAGUUUGUAUGUAGAAGCAAACCUUUGGCUGAAAGCAGGGCCUUCUAGUUCACAUGUUUGGAAUUACUUAGUUCUCCAGGUGGAUAUGUGCGGUGUUUAUUCACAGUGCAUGUCUCGUAACUUGAUUAGCUGUAUUAUGCCCCCAUCAAUACACAGUGAGGUGGAUCAGUCGGGAGGUUGCUCCCUUGACAGAUAUGUUUUCAGCCGGAUGUUUGUAAAGAAUGAAAACUGAGCAGGAACGCACCAAUCAGCUGUUAUAUCAUCCUUCCAGCUAUUCAGUGGACACACACUGUGAAUAAAAGUGAAAAUGAGAACAGGAAAACUGGGUGGACUGGUGCAUGUAUGUGUGUCUCAAGAUAGGUGAGUGGAGAGAAGUAUUUGAGAGGUACAAUAAAGAGAGGUGUUGUCUUACACAAUUGAAGUGUUAAACACCUGUUUGAGAGAGAGAAAGAGAGUUUCUUUACUUUGGGCUUUUGAGUAUGGAUUAUUCAGACACACAAUAUUAUGUUGGGAAGCCUCUUAUGGUGUUGCCUAUAUGGGUCCAGGAAAGAGGGCGCCCACCCAUAAAAAUGUUGUUCUGGUCGCUGUGAAUUUUAGCAAUGACCCUGCAACAUUAUGACAUAACACAACAUGUUCAUGCUCAUGUUCUGUGUAUUGAUUACCCUUAUAUUUCCAAUAAACUGUAAACUACUAAUCCGA